AUAAAUUUCACCUAACAUGCCCUAAAGCUCAUCUAGGGCAUGCGAAUUCAGUAUACAGUCAAAAUAGAUAUCAGAUUGCUAGAGGAAGUUGAUUCAUUCCAAAUUAUGCGUUGUAUGUAUGCUGCAAAAGAGAACAUGGAAAUGGAUACAGGUGAAAGAAAAAGGUCACCAAAGUGCAAUAGUUCUUAAGCAACAAAAAAAUACCCAUUUCAAUAUAUGGGCACAAAAAAAUAUCCCUACUCUACACCUGCUUACAAAAACAACAAAAUUUACAAUCAGAAAAACAGAGUGAGGGAAAAAUAAAACGAAACCAAGAAACCAAAAUCACAUGAGAACAAUCAAUGUAAAAUAGAGAACAGAAGAAAUGGAUCUCAGAAAAGGUAUGAUUUAUCUUCAUCCCCUUGGAGGAAGUUCAGAUAGAUAACGCAGUUUCUAAGUAACAUCAUUGAUCCACACAAACACAUCCCAUAUACAAUAUGGUCACAAAUAAAACAAAGAAUCAUGUUUGGUUGGAGAAAAUUGCUUGCUCAAACCAAGUAAUACUCAUAAACUUUAGAAUUCAACCAAAACAAGAACAAAAACAAUAAGAAAUGAAAUUACUUCGGACAU